CCAAACUUUUCGAAGUUCGAGCGUUGACGUUGCGCAGUCGGUUUUCAUUUUUCAGUUCGAGCAGCACACACAACUCGUUCGCAAGGUGAACGUGAAGACACAGUAAAAAACACAAUAAAGCAAAAUGUCCAAUCUGAAAUGUUUCGAUGAUGAGGAGCGUGAGUCCAAAUAUGGACGUGUCUUCGCUGUUUCGGGUCCUGUGGUCACCGCCGAGGCCAUGUCCGGCUCUGCUAUGUACGAGCUGGUGCGCGUCGGCUACUACGAGCUGGUGGGUGAGAUCAUCCGUCUGGAGGGCGAUAUGGCCACCAUUCAGGUGUACGAGGAGACCUCCGGCGUGACUGUCGGCGAUCCCGUGCUGCGCACAGGCAAGCCCCUGUCCGUGGAGCUGGGCCCCGGUAUUAUGGGCAGCAUUUUCGACGGUAUCCAGCGUCCGCUGAAGGACAUUAACGAGCUGACCAACUCCAUCUACAUCCCCAAGGGUGUGAAUGUGCCCGCCUUGUCGCGCACCACCGCCUGGGAGUUCAAUCCCCUGCACGUGAAGGUCGGCUCCCACAUCACCGGAGGUGAUCUGUACGGUCUGGUCCACGAGAACACCCUGGUCAAGCACAAGAUGAUUGUCAACCCACGCGCCAAGGGCACAGUCCGCUACAUUGCCCCCUCCGGCAACUACAAGGUCGAUGAUGUCGUCCUGGAGACAGAGUUCGAUGGCGAGAUCACCAAGCACACCAUGUUGCAGGUGUGGCCCGUGCGUCAGCCCCGUCCCGUCACCGAGAAGCUGCCCGCCAACCAUCCCCUGCUGACCGGACAGCGUGUCCUCGACUCGCUCUUCCCCUGCGUCCAGGGCGGUACCACCGCCAUUCCCGGUGCCUUCGGUUGCGGCAAGACUGUCAUCUCCCAGGCCCUGUCCAAGUACUCCAACUCUGAUGUCAUCGUCUACGUCGGUUGCGGCGAGCGUGGUAACGAGAUGUCUGAGGUAUUGCGUGACUUCCCCGAGCUGUCCGUGGAGAUCGAUGGCGUCACCGAGUCCAUCAUGAAGCGUACCGCCCUGGUGGCCAACACCUCCAACAUGCCCGUGGCUGCCCGUGAGGCCUCCAUCUACACCGGCAUCACCCUCUCCGAAUACUUCCGUGACAUGGGUUACAACGUCUCCAUGAUGGCUGACUCCACCUCUCGUUGGGCCGAGGCCUUGCGUGAGAUUUCGGGUCGUCUGGCUGAGAUGCCUGCCGAUUCCGGCUACCCAGCCUACCUGGGUGCCCGUCUGGCCUCCUUCUACGAGCGUGCCGGUCGCGUCAAGUGCUUGGGUAACCCCGAGCGUGAGGGCUCCGUCUCCAUUGUGGGCGCUGUGUCGCCUCCUGGUGGUGACUUCUCCGAUCCCGUGACCUCCGCCACUCUGGGUAUCGUGCAGGUGUUCUGGGGUCUGGACAAGAAGCUGGCCCAGCGCAAGCAUUUCCCCUCCAUCAACUGGCUCAUCUCCUACUCGAAGUACAUGCGUGCCCUCGAUGACUUCUAUGACAAGAACUUCCCCGAGUUUGUGCCCCUGCGUACCAAGGUCAAGGAGAUCCUGCAGGAGGAGGAGGAUCUGUCUGAGAUCGUGCAGCUGGUCGGCAAGGCCUCUCUGGCCGAGACCGACAAGAUCACCUUGGAGGUGGCCAAGCUGCUGAAGGACGAUUUCCUGCAGCAGAACUCCUACUCGUCGUACGAUCGCUUCUGCCCCUUCUACAAGACCGUCGGCAUGCUGAAGAACAUCAUCGACUUCUACGACCUGGCCCGUCACUCUGUCGAGUCGACGGCCCAGUCCGAGAACAAGAUCACCUGGAACGUUAUCCGUGAGGCAAUGGGCAACAUCAUGUACCAGCUGUCCUCCAUGAAAUUCAAGGACCCCGUCAAGGAUGGUGAGGCCAAGAUCAAGGCUGACUUUGAGCAGCUGCACGAGGAUCUGCAGCAGGCCUUCAGAAAUCUGGAGGACUAGAGCGCGUUGGCCUUACUUUUACAAUCUAAUCUUAUAUUUGUUAUAUAGUUAACUUUUAAAAUGAAGGCAGUCUAAAAACCAGUACCGUGCGUACAGUUACGUCAAAAACAACUAAAUAGCCUUCUGAAAAAAAAUAAUUGUGAAGAAAAAGAAGAACACCAACAAUUCCGUGCUGCAUUCAAAAGUUUCCAAAAACAACAACAACAAAAAAAACAAAACAAAACAAAUCAAAUCCAUCAACAAAAUUCCACUACUUUUCGAUGCCUGCGAGAGAUGCAAAACAUUCCGGCCUGCUGCUGAUACUUCAUCAUCGAGAAAUGCAACCCGUCAGGGGGCGCAGGCAGGGUCACGUCCACCUGCAACGCCAAGCCAAGCCAGGCCAACCAACUAACGAACGAACGUCCUUCUAUGUACUUCCAAUUACAACACUGAAUAAAAGACACGCACAAACAUGUAGUACAGUGCCGAAGUAGUAAGCGGAAACACCACACACACCGCACACCCACACGCCACACGCCACACACAAAAGACACAUAUACAAAUGCAUGCAUAAAUAGUAUUAUUGUUUAAUGAAUGGAAAUUCUUGUUUAUUUGUGAAAAA